AGUGUUGUUUAUUAUGGCCCAAAACGCACGGACGAUGACUGUGUGCCCACACGAAUGUAUUUCCACCAAGCGAUGCUGGAAUACAGUGGACCUCCGUUUAUUAUGAUUACGCAAGAAGAGCCAAUAGCUACUGUCCUUACUGAGGGGUAGGCAUCACUGUUCAGCUAGUGGACAUCAAUAGCAGCUGUGUAAACAACACACAUUAGGAGGACUCCGGCGACGCAUUUAAGCGUUUUCACUUCACAGGUCUCAGCUGUCCUCUUUCCGUACCUAUGCCCCGGUGCUUUGUUCGCUACUAAAAUUAUUUAAUUCUCGUUAGGAAUGCUGGAGUGGUGUGUUCGGGAGGGACCCGGUGCUAGCUAGUCGGCUAACCGAACUCCCCCAGUUGGCCAGUGUGAGCACUUAUCGUUUGUUGCUGGUAACAAACUGGAAGAAAGCAACGACGCAAAGAGUCUAAGGCUGUGAGGGUGGGAGCCGCUAUCCGUAGCUUCCAUGACCGCUGGCUGAUGCAGCGAUGCGGCACCACGGGUUGCUCCUUCGGGCUUGCGCCUUGGUGCUGCUCUUCCUCAUGUUCGUCACCAAGUUCAUCAGCUACAAAGCUGUCAACGAAUAUGGAGAGAUGGCUGGUGUUCAGAGCUGGACAUUGUCAGGACACAAGGUGGCAAAGCUUCCAGUGCCCUCUUCUGUAAAAACCCUUGCACCGCAACCAGAUCAGUCCUCAGCAGCCCCUGCAUUGGCCGAGUGGGAAGCAGUUCUAGAGAAGCGAAUCCAGCUGCUCUCAGCUGUUUGUAAGAACAGUAGACUCAGGAGUUUGACCCACGUCCCCAUCAGCAAGUUCGUCCUGGACCGCAUUUUUGUCAGUGACAAGCACAACAUCUUGUUCUGCCAGACACCCAAAGUGGGAAACACGCAGUGGAAGAAGGUCCUCAUUGCUCUCAACGGAACCUUCUCCAGUGUGGAGGAGAUCCCAGAGAACCUCGUCCAUGACCAUGAGAAGAAUGGCCUGCCGCGCCUCUCAUCGUUCAAGCCACAAGAAAUUACACUCAGAUUGAACACUUACUUUAAGUUUUUCAUCGUGAGGGAUCCGUUUGAGCGUCUGAUCUCUGCAUUCAAGGACAAGUUCAUCACGAACCCCCGUUUCGAGCCUUGGUACAAGCACGACAUCGCUCCCGCCAUCAUCCGCAAGUACCGCAAAAGCCACCGCGACGGCGAUCGCGUCGCGUCCGGCUUGCACUUUGAGGACUUUGUCCGUUACCUUGGGGAUGCGGAGGGCCGGCGCCGCAUGGACCGUCAGUUUGGCGAGCACAUCAUCCACUGGGCGACGUACGCAGAGCUGUGCGCGCCGUGCGACAUCCGCUACGACGUCAUUGGCCACCACGAGACACUGGAGCGAGACGCCGCCCACAUCCUGAGGAGAGCGGGCAUCGAACAGCUGGUGUCCUACCCGGCCAUCCCUCCUGGCAUCACGCGCUACAACAAGACCAAGGUGGAACGCUACUUUUCAGGUAUCAGCAAGCGGGACAUCAGGCGCCUCUACGAGCGCUAUCAGGGGGACUUUCACUUAUUUGGGUACCCAACACCUGACUUUCUGCUCAACUGACAUUCAGAGUGCAAGUAUUCAUAUUGGAGUACUUUGUAUCUUCACAAGAAACCUAUUUAUGGCCAAAUCCAACGUGAAAGAGGUGUAGCAUCAAUGACAAGCAUGUUCCUUUGCACUGAGUGGAUUUCAAAUUCUGACUAGUUUUAUAGAGUACGAAACAGAAAUAACAUUUCUAUAUUUUCUGUACACUUGCUUAAAGUCCGCGAUGAUCCUUGAGAGCAAUCGAUGCGGUGGUGAUGAUGAUGAUGAUGAUGCCUUCUUCCUGUGUCGUCGUCCUUUUCAACGAUUGUUGGGGUUGCGUUUACUGACAAUGACUGAAAUCUCUUCACUACUGCUUCUGCCGUUUUCUUUGUAGCUGUUAGUCACACGAAGCCUUGGUACAGUGUUUUACAAUGAUUUAGCAGCAUAGCACAUAAACGUUCAGCACUUUUGUUAUUUAUAUAAAGUUAUUGAAAUACUACUGUACAAUACCUCACAAAAGGGAGUACUGCACACCCCUCAUGUUUGUGCAAAUGUCUUUUGAUGGGACAACACGAAGGAAUCAUUUCUCCCCGUGAAACGACGUCAUGAAAUAUUGAUGGAAAUGUGAGGGGUGUGCUCUCCUUUGUGAGGUGCUGUAGCCUUCAAACGAAUUGUUGCUGCACAAGACCAACCCAGGUUGAUGAUGACAGUCAUAAUAAUGAGAAUAAUAAUAAUAAAUCAUUUAAAACUACGAUUUGGUAGCGUUUGCAUUUUUAUGUGUGAGUGAAGAUGUCCGUCUUGCCUAACCUCCAGACGUGCACUGAGCUGUAUACGGAAGGUAGCAGCAGGCGUCGUCCCUUGACACUUAGCGCUUAAAAUUUUGUGGCUUCACUCUAUCACAGUUUUUUCAAAAAUACGUAUAUUAAUAAAUCAUGCUGUUUUGUAGUUGAAUACGGUCUAUUAUGAUCAUUAUUUUAAAAUGUAUAUUUAAGCAAAUAUGUGAGAGCCAUUAGCCACAAAUGGUGAAAACAUGAAACAGUGGUGAACCUUCCCAGGACCGGCCGGCCAACCAAAAUGACCCCAAGAGUGCAGCGACGACUCAUUCAAGAGGUCACAAAAGACCCCACAACAACAUCCAAAGAACUGCAGGCCUCACUUGCUUCAGUUAAGGUCAGUGUUCAUGACUCCACCAUAAGAAAGACACUGGGCAAAAACGGCCUGCAUGGCAGAGUUCCAAGACCAAAACCACUGCUGAACAAAAACAACAUUAAGGCUCGUCUCAAUUUUGCCAGAAAACAUCUUGAUGAUCCCCAAGACCUUUGGGAAAAUACUCUGUGGUCUGACGAGACAAAAGUUUAACUUUUUGGAAGGUGUGUGUCCCAUUACAUCUGACAUAAAAGUAACGCCGCAUUUCAGAAAAAGAGCAUCAUAGCAACAGUAAAAUAUGGUGGUGGUAGUGUGAUGGUCUUCAGGACCUGGAAGACUUGUUGUGAUAAAUGGAAGCAUGAAUUGU